AUGGUGAAGAAGAGAAAGGAGAAAGGUGCACCUAGGACAGUGGAGGAUGUUGAUGAAGAGAAGGAGAAGGAAGAAAAAAAGAAAAAGAAGAUUAAGGAAGUGUCACAUGAAUGCUCCUUGGUGAACAAGCACAAGCCCAUUUGGAUGAGAAAGCCUGAGGAGAUGACAAAGGAGGAGUAUUCUGCCAUAAUGAACAGCAGUUCAAUCAGUUUAAUAAGGAGUAUGACAAAGGAGGAGUAUUCUGCCAUAAUGAACAGCAGUUCAAUCAGUUUAAUAAGGAGUAUGACAAAGGAGGAGUAUUCUGCCAAGGCAACUACUUGCAAAUUGAUGGAGGGUAUCCGAGAGCCUCAAACCUAUUUGAUACAAUUUACAGAACCAAAAGGAAGCAAAUGCAACCUGCUAGAAUGUGAUAGACAAGUUACAAAUAGGGUGGGAACAGAAGCAAAAACAAGGCUAGUGAAUGCCACUGAGAAUUCUGAUUUAGAAAGACGAAAACCUAAAAAGUUAGCCUCAAAAGUGGACAGUGCCAUAAGGAGUGAGAGUGAGACUUGGUCAAAUUUGGGAGCAUCCCACCUCCAUAGUUUUGCUUCUGUAGUGGACUGGGCUAUAAGGAGUAGCAGGACUGUGUCGAAUUUGGGAACAUCACCUGUCCCUAGUUUUGCUUCGGCAGAGGACAAUAAUGCGAUGAGGGUUGUUCCUGCACGAUUAUUCACCUGGGCUGAGCUUGUAGCAGCCACCAACAAUUUCUCAAUUCACAACCAGAUUGGUGCUGGCUGUUUCAGUGUUGUGUACAGAGGUAAACUUGUCGAUGGUCGUGAGGUUGCAAUCAAGACGGGUGGAACCUGGCCAAAGAGAGAGAGCAAAUUGACCUUGUUAUCCGGUUUACACCACAAGAACUUGAUUAGGCUGGUUGGAUUCUGUGAAACGAAUUAUGAAAGACUCAGUGUGUAUGAGUACAUGAAGAAUGGGUCCUUGUAUGAUCGUUUGCAUGACAAGGGUAGCAGUGUCUUGAAUUCGUGGAAAAUGAGGAUCAAAAUUGCUUUGGAUGCCUCUCGAGGAAUAGAAUAUCUUCAUAAUUAUGCAGAUUCAUUUAUUAUUCACGGAGAUAUCAAGUCUUCCAACAUUCUUCUUGAUGCCACCUGGACGGCAAGAGUAUCUGAUUUUGGAUGGAAGUUUAUGAGAAACAGACGACGUAUAAUUGAGAACACUGAUCCUGAGUACGUUAUUCGAGGUGCAUUGUCAGCAGAGAGUGAUGUGCAUGGGCUUGGAGUUGUACUGUUUGAACUUCUAACAGGAAAGAGACCUACAUUCGUGUACGGGGAAGAUGGAGGCACCCUAUUAAGUAGAAAACAUUUGGUAGACUUUGCUGUGACUGCUAUUUCAAAUGGAUUUUUGGAGAAAAUUUUGGAUCAAAGGGCUGGACAACCCGAUGUGAAUGAAACAGAAGCAGUAAAGUUAGUGGCUGAUACCGCUAUCCGUUAUGUGAAUUUGAAACUGAAAGAUAGACCAACCAUGGCUGACAUUGUAGUCAGAUUAGAGCGGGCUUUGGCUAUUUUUGAAUAUGAUAGCAUUUUCAGGGCUUUGGUUUCGAAUUGUUAA